AUGCAUUCUGCGAACGCUUUAUUGAGGAACACGUUAUUCUUCAACCCGAAGUUGAAGUCAUCGAGACUUGCUCGUAAUGUUGCAAAAGUUGCAUCACACAAGAAGCCGGUGGACGUUCAGAGGAAGAUAUUGAGUGGGGGGUCCAGCAUUUAUGGCCGGGAGCAACGGAUUUGCAGUUACAGUGGUAGUUUUUUGUCGGGGUCGCGAGAAGUUGGGAGUACGAGGUUAUUUUCGACGAACAAUAAGAAUGACCCGCCUGAAGAGGAUCCUGAGGUGAAGGAUGAGACUCCGCUUUUCUCGAGCCAGCUGCCGGCCACGGUGGCCGUGCCCGAGGUGUGGCCGCAGGUGCCAGUUAUCGCCAUCAACAGGAACCCAGUGUUCCCCAGAUUCAUCAAAUUGAUUGAGAUUUCAAACCCAGCUUUAAUUGACCUCAUAAGAAGAAAAGUGAAGCUUAAUCAACCUUAUGUUGGGAUCUUCUUACGUAAGAAAGAGGAUGAGAAGUCCGACGUUGUGUCAAACCUGGACGACCUGCACCAAGUGGGUGUGUUCGCCCAAAUCCACGAAAUGCAGGACAUGGACUACAAGUUACGUUUGGUGGUGAUGGCUCACCGGAGGAUAAAGAUCACUGGGCAGUUCAUUGAGGAUGAAAUUGAGACUGGACCUGCUGAAAUGAAGUUGAAGUUCCCACUUUUUAACAUGGAGUUUAACGUUGCGCGUGAAGAGUCAGACGCCGAGCGGCGCCGGCGCAAGUAUCGCAACACGCGCAAACAGAAGGCGGAGCCCGAGCCCGAACAGAAGGAGAAGCCGGAAAAGAAAGAGAAAGCUGCCCCCGAUCAAGUCAUGAUGGUGAAAGUUGAGAAUAUGAUGCACGAGAAGUUCCAGCAAACGGAAGAGGUGAAGGCACUGACACAGGAGGUCAUUAAGACUAUUAGGGAUAUCAUUAACUUAAAUCCUUUGUACAGAGAAUCUCUCCACCACAUGCUGGCUCAAGGUCAGAGGGUAGUAGACAAUCCGGUGUACCUUAGCGACCUGGGCGCCGCGCUUACUGGCGCUGAAACCACAGAACUGCAGGCUAUUCUCGAAGAGAUGGACAUUCCAAAAAGACUGAUGAUGUCUCUUUCCCUUCUGAAGAAAGAGUACGAACUAUCGAAACUGCAACAGAAGAUAGGCAAAGAAGUAGAAGAAAAAGUCAAGCAGCAACACAGAAAGUACAUACUGCAUGAACAGCUCAAGGUGAUAAAAAAAGAGUUAGGCCUAGAAAAAGACGACAAAGACGCGAUAGGCGAGAAGUUCCGCGAGCGGCUCGCCGAUAAGACCGUGCCGGCCGCCGUGCAGACCGUCAUCGAUGAGGAGCUCAACAAACUCAACUUCCUCGAGAGCCACAGCUCAGAGUUCAACGUUACACGUUGCUACCUCGACUGGCUGACAUCCCUCCCAUGGGGCAUCACCUCCGAAGAAAACCUCAAGUUGGAAGAUGCACAAGUAAUCUUAGAUGAGGACCACUACGGCAUGGAAGACAUCAAGAAGAGGAUCCUGGAGUUCAUAGCGGUGUCGCAGCUGAAAGGCACCACGCAGGGCAAGAUCCUGUGCUUCCAUGGACCGCCCGGAGUGGGGAAAACUAGUAUAGCGCGUUCCAUCGCUCGCGCGCUCAACCGUCAAUACUUCCGUUUCUCCGUCGGCGGCAUGACGGACGUGGCCGAGAUAAAGGGCCACCGCCGCACCUACGUCGGCGCCAUGCCCGGCAAGCUGGUGCAGUGCCUCAAGAAGACCAACACGGAGAACCCGCUCGUGCUUAUUGACGAGGUCGACAAGAUUGGCAAGGGCGUGCACGGUGACCCGGCUUCCGCGCUACUGGAAUUGUUAGACCCCGAGCAGAAUGCCAAUUUCCUGGACCACUACUUAGAUGUGCCAGUCGAUUUGUCCAAGGUACUGUUCAUCUGCACCGCCAACGUCGUUGAACAUAUUCCCGAGCCACUCCGCGAUCGUAUGGAACUCAUCGACAUGUCCGGCUACGUAGCAGAAGAAAAGCUAGCCAUAGCCCAACAGUAUCUGGUGCCGACUGCUCGCAAGAACUGCGGUCUAACUGACGAGCAGCUCGAUCUGACUGCCGACUCCCUCCACGCGCUCAUCAAGUCUUACUGCCGCGAGAGCGGCGUCAGGAACCUGCAGAAACACAUCGAGAAGAUCGCGCGGAAAGUAGCGUACAAGAUAGUCAAACAAGAAACAGAUAAGCUGGUGGUGACAGGCGACAACUUGACGGAGCUGGUGGGCAAGCCGACGUUCAAGCACGACCGCAUGUAUGAGAUCACGCCCCCGGGAGUCGUCAUGGGACUGGCCUGGACCGCCAUGGGCGGCAGCACGCUAUACAUCGAGACGGCGCUACGCAACGCGGAAACUGACGACAAGUCGCCAUUCGGGUCUCUGGAGCUGACCGGCCAUCUCGGUGACGUCAUGAAGGAGUCUGCGCGCAUCGCUCUCACUGUCGCACGCAACUACCUCGCGAGCAAACAGCCUGAUAAUAGAUUCCUCAAUACUAGCCACAUCCACCUCCACGUGCCCGAAGGCGCGACGCCCAAAGACGGGCCCUCCGCUGGUUGCACCAUCACGACUGCCCUCAUAUCGCUGGCCACGCGCCGCUCUGUGCGGGACAACCUCGCCAUGACCGGGGAAAUAUCGCUCACAGGGCAGGUGUUGCCUGUAGGAGGCAUCAAGGAGAAGAUCAUUGCGGCGAAACGCGUGGGUGUGAGCUGCGUGAUCCUACCAGAGGAGAACCGGCGCGACUUCGACGACCUGCCUCAAUUCAUAAAGGACAACAUCGAUAUCCACUUCGUGAGCCACUACGAUGACGUGUUCAGGGUUGCCUUCGCGGAAGACAAGGUUUAGUAUCUUAGCACGCAGCCUCGCAAUCGGUUAUAUUAACCACCGUAGAGUAAAUAGCCCCUAAUCAGUGGGCCGAGUGAGUUUACAUCAAACGCGCUCACUAGUGACAGAGUAAAUACAAAUGAGUAGGUCAUCUUCAUAGAAACGCACGGGCGCGGUUUGUAUGUGAGCGCGCACCAAUACGUAUGCGGCGCGCACGACUAUCCAAGCAAGAUGACCUACUCAUUUGUAUUUACUCUGCUAGUGAGCGCGUUUAAUGUACACUAGGCCCUCAGUUCCUUGAUCGUUCUUCUGGUGUGCUGUCGACCGGCUCUGAGGGUUCCUUAGACUUCUUCCAAUUUGUGUCAGCAGACGAUCAGCAUCCCCGUCAGGUCAUUUGGUCUCCAAUGUAGGAGCAUCUUCAUCUUUAAAUUACUACAGGCAAAUGGAAUUCCGACGUUGGCCAAUUGGUCUGUCGAUGGCUGCCAAAUACGUCAGCGUGACCUUUUUUUUUUUACUAUUUCGCGGAUUUAUUGUCGCGGAGAUUCUGUCAAUUUGUCAAUGUCAAGUGUUCAAGGAGACACAGACACAGUAGUAUUUUAGAUAAUGCUGCAGUCUUUUCCCUUUUUUUUUAAUCCAGCGUGCGUGACCUUAUGUCAUACAUGUCCUAACACACAGAAUAAUACUAGUAUUUCUUUUAUGAUAAUCAUCUGGAUUCAAGUCUGUAAUUAUAAAAUAUCCUUUCAUUUAGGGGCUAUUUGAAUUUAUGGUGAAAAUAGAAGAAAAAAAUCGAAUUAUUUUGAUGUAUUUAUUUCAAAUUUUACAUUUAAAACAAUCUCUCUUGUUUUGUAUAAAUCAGAUGGUUGUAAAAACUGUUUUAAAUGUAAAGUUAUCAUAUAAAAUACAUCAAGUUUAAAUGUUGUUUUUAGUUAGUGUAAGAUAGUGUAAUUAUUAUUACAAGUAGCUAGCGUAACAGCUUCAAUUAUCACACAAGUACAUUAAUUAGUGGAGUAUUGUAUUGGGAAAUUAAACGAACAUGUUUUAUUUAAGAAAAUAUUUGAUCCAAUGUAAGAUAUUGUUGGUAUCAGGCAGUUAUACUGUUUUUAUAAGAAACUAAAUGAUGCGUUUCGAAUUUAAUACCAAUUAUCAUUUUGUAUCAAUGCACUGCACUGAUAGUGAAAUUCAGAUGAGAUGUUUUGCAAAUCACAUCACAUGUUAUCUUUGACUGAUGUUUUUUCUCCAUCCGACUGUAAUGAUAAUGGCAAGACUAGUAAGAAUAAAAAAAUAGUUUUUGAGCAGUAUUUUUCAAUUUAAUUUGCCUUGCUGGAACACUGCCAGUUUAUUGUAAAAUUCGCAAAUGCAAAUGUAUUAAGUUGCCAG